CCCCCCCCUAGAACAGCUCCCUCUAGAGUUCUGCUCUCACACCCACAUCCUCUCCCCUUUCAGGUAGAAAUCGCUGCCUGUUUAGCUCCAGGCUCCAAUGAAUACUUGUGCCCCGCCUCCUUCCCCUCCCCCACCUGGGGCAGCCCCGUCUUAAGUCCUUCUCCCUCAGAACAGUGACCCACACUGAGGCUCUCCCUCAGGCUGCACCUCUUUCCCUGGCCGGAAGGACUCUCCACCUGCCGCUUCUCAUUCAGCUCCAUUUCAUCCUCCUGGACACCUCAGAGAGGAACCCCAGCCUCCUUAUGGCCUGACCUCUUCUCUUCCCUAGGCAUUCAUUCAUUCAUUCAUUGAUUCAUUCAUCCACUCAGUGUUCUAGGUACAGGACAUACACAAGUUAAGGAGAGAGAUACAGACAGUCUUUCAUUUUGUGGGCUUUACAGUCUAGUUGAGGAGACAGUUCAAAAACAAGUGAAUAGGAGCAAUGUUGUUUUCUGGGUUCUCCCCGAGCCUGCUGGGCUACUUCAGAGAUGAAACCUGAAUUAGCAGAGGUAGCUUAGCCAUGUAAAGAUCUGGGUGGACUGUUUCAGGCAGAGAGAAUGGCAAGUGCAAAGGCCCUGAGGUGGUCAUGAUCAUGGUGAGUGGAAAAGCACCAGGGGAGGCCAGUGAGGUUGGAGUAGAGAAAUUGAAGAGAAGAACACGGAGAGAGAGAGGGAGUUUGAUCUCAUAGGGCUUUGGGGGUAAGGGUGUUGCGAUCAGUUAUCUGGCCUUUGUCAGCUCUACUAAGCCCAAAUUGUUCAUUUGUUCAUUCAUUCAUUUGUUCAACAAGUGUUUGAUGAGGACCUGUUACACACUAGGGAUGCAGUAGAGAACAAAGUAGACAAAAACUCCUGCCCUCGUGGAGUGCCUAUGCUAGUUCAUGGGACAAUUAAAGAACAAAAUACCUGUGUGAAGAAAAUACAGCAGGAUCGGGGGAUAGUUACAGGGGAGAAGGCGAAGGCAAGAAGGCCUCCUUCAAAAGAUCCCUGUUGUCACCUUGUUGCUCCAAAAUGCCACACACCAAAAAGUUACAGCUGUGUGUGAACCCCGUUCCUCCUGGACAACUGUGGCCAAGAGGGUGCUGCUCUUACCAGCUCCCCCCAAGAGUGAAGUGGUUAGGAGGGUGAGUCCUGCAUUCCUCCAGUGUUCACAUCUCUGAACAGACCACUGCCUCUUUUCCUAGCCCCAUUCAUUCACUUAUUUCACAUAUAUUUCCAGAGACAGGCACUGUUCUAGGCCCUGGGAAAGAACAGUGAACAAAACAGAUAAAAAUUCUUGCCUGUGUGGAGCCCACUUUCUCAAGAGGGAGGCCGGCAGCAAGACAAGCAGAACAUGUGCUUCAUUAGGUGAUGCUGACAGAGGACGGAAAUGAAUAGGCUGGGAAGAGCAGGAACGUUCGUCUGGAUGACGGGUUACAGUGGUCAGGGAGAGCCUCACCGAGGAGACAGCAUUUGAAUAGAGCUGUGAAGGAGGUGAGGGGGGAGAGAGAGGUGUACUGAUAACAAUCAGAGCAUUCCAGGUAGAAGCAACAGCCAGUGCAAGGGCCCUGGGGCAGGAAUGUUGGCACAUUGGAGGAGCAGCCAGGUGGCCGUCUAGGCUGUGUGCAGAUCAUCAUAAAGACUUUGACUUUAAGUGAAAUGGGUGUCCCUGCAGGUUUGAGCAGAGGAGGGACAUGGUCUGGCCUUGGUCGUCUUGUCUGGUAAAUGAGAAUAAUAGCAAUGCUUAUCUUAUGAACCUGUUACGACGUUUGAGACAAGCCACAUAAGGCACCUAGUAAUGGUGCUUCGUGGUGUUCAGUACCUGUUGGUGGCUCGUUCUGGGGCCAGGUGGCACAGAAGCGGGGUGAGGUGUAUUUCUAGUUUAAGGCAGAGUGGGGGCCUUCCUUAUUUUGGGGAGCAGAUAUUGAAGGACAGCAUGCUGUCGAGGGUAACGCACUCUGGAGCCUUCAGUUCCUCGCUCUGCUAUAGCCUGUUACUGGGGUGACCUCAGGAGAUUAGUUGACCUCUCUAGCCCUCAGUCUCUUCCUCUGUAAAACAGAGUUAAUAAUGGUAACCAUCCUCUUGAGUUAUCAGGAAGACUCACUGAGUCAACACACGUAAAGGGUUUAGGAGAGCACUUGGCCCAUAGGAAGCACUUCACUUUACAUGUUACCCUAUGUCACUGUUACUGUUGUUAACAGACUAGACUUUCAUCACAGGUCAGCUCUGUUGCAACAGAAGGGCCCACAGGCCCUGGUAGGAGAGAGACCUGGAAUCCAGUACUGCUUUCCCCUUUACUAGUUCCGUGACCUUGGGGAAAUGACACCCCCUCAGUUUCCCCAGUGAAAAGCGGGACCAAUACCAGUGCAGGACCACUGCGAGGCUGAGGCCUUGGGGUGAUGCUACGGCUCAGACCGGUGAACAAUAAACAUGGCUAUCAGGAUCAUGACUGCGGUUGCUGUGAAACUCCUGCCCCUGUGGAGGGUCUCCCCCAACCAUGCCCCUCUCCACACAAAACCCUCCCAGGACACGUCUCUCCUAGAAAGACACUAAUUUAGGGCUUGGAAAGACGAAAUGCCUCCUGUUUCCCAGUGGAAGUACUGUGAGCCGGAUCAGUCCUCCCCCCAGUACUCGUCCCUGGUCCUCAGGGCCGCAGCUCAUCAGCACUUUCCCAUUCGCCCUUGGGUCGGUCACUUCUUACAACGUCACUGCCCUUCGAAUUCCCUCUUCUGGGGGCCCCCUCCCCUGUGUCAACUCCUGCUCUGCUAAAUGUCCCCCUCCCUCCCUCAGGGAGUUCUGGACAGCUCAGUCUCAUCCCUUUGCUCAUUCAAUACGUAUUUAUCAACAGAGGCUAUCAGUUUACCUCUGAACCCCACUUUAGCUGCAUCUCCACUAAGUUUUGGGAUGUUGUGUUUUCAUUUUUAUUCAUCUGGGGUUCCUUGAGAUUUUUUUCAUGGACCCACUGGCGAUUUAAGAGAGUGUGUUUAAUUCCCACAUAUCAGCAAAUACUUAACCAGGCAACCACGCUGUCCUGGGUGCUGUGCUCGGUGCUGGGGGGCCACAGCGGCAAACAAGACAGGCCAAAUCCCCAUCCUCUUAGGUAAACACACGGUGAAGGAAGUACAUGCAGGAAGUCAUGGCAGUGACAGUGGAGAAAAGUGCAGCAGGACGAGGGGUGAGGGAGGACAGGGCAGGCAUGACAUCCGAGCAGAGGCCUGAAGCAGGCACAGGAUGGAGCCUGGAGAUCUGGGGAACAGUCUCACCACAUCACUGCUCCAUCUGUUCCAGAUGGUAACCCCCUUCCCCUCCCACCCAGCCCCUGGCAUAACCCCCCAUAACCUAGAAAACACCCCCAAAUAAGGCUCCUACCCCCACAGUUCCACCCCACCUUUGUCCACCUUAGAAAGCAACCUGGUAAAACAGCCCUGUGGGGGGAGGGCGUGGGCUGAGCUGCAGGCUUGCUCUGCGACCUUGGGCAAGUCACUUGACUUCUCUGUGCUUUUGUUUUAUUUGAUGGGGAUAACAGUAGUUCUUAUGUCAUAGUCUCAUAGUUAUGUGGGGAUUGAGUGAACAUGUGUAAUGGGCUUGGAACACAUUGGGCUUGUAGGAAAUGCCCAGGCAACAUUGGCUGUUAUUAAUAUGUACUCCGGCGGAGGUGAGCCAGGGCAGUUGCUUCUUCCCUAAGACACUCACCUCCCCACCCCCUCCCAUUCUACCAUGUGCUUCUCUCUGCCCACCCGGCCCACUCUAGCCUGGUCUCCCAGAUUUAGGGGUCACCCACAGGCUUCCACUACCACUCCAGCCAUGCCUUUGUUCCUUCUGGAGAUCAGAUGAACUAGAGGGAGUGUGAAGGGCAUGAGAUGUUGAGUCUCAUCCAAGGACACCCAGAGCUAGAGGCUAAAAAUAUCGGCCUCUUGGCAAGGGGAGUGGAGGAGACACUCACCUUUCACCUGUGGGGGAGAGAGCCAGCUGGAUGGAUGGGGGCUGAUGGGCCCUGGCCUUGGUGGUCAUCGCUGACACAGAGCCAGGCCCCCAGGGGCCAGGGAUGAUGGCCAAGAAGCAUGCCACACCUCGGGGGCCCUUCUCUCCGCUGGCUCUGCAUCGGCUUGGUAGCGGUGUUUCCCCAGCCCCCUAGGUGGCUCAGGUUCAAAAAUUAAUUGUAGAAGCUGAGGUUCAGGUGGGAGUAGGGGGUGCAGACAUGGACAGCUGCUAUCUGGAAUGCCCAGAGAAUGGCUCCCAUGGCAGGGAGGCAGGGAAAGCCCCCCCCCCCCCGGGGUGAGGACGGGAACUGCACUCCCCAGGCAGGGGCUGUCAGGCUCCUCCCAGGUGUGCAAUGGUCUGAAGGUACAGAAGUUCUGGGGGCUGAAAGCCCUGCCAAUAAGUACUUCCUCACAUCCUAGGUGAGCUCCCUUGAGUCCCCCGCAGCCUAGGGGUUGCUGCGUCCUUUUAGAAAUGGAGAAAGUGUGGAUGGGGAAGGAGUUGGGACUCGAACCCAGAUCUGCCCAUGUGCAGGGUGCACGUUAUUUUCUGCUGUGUCCGGCUGCCUUCUCUCUCAGCGCCAGCCCUCCUGCUGUAACUUGUUUCUUCCAGGCAAACACAUUCUGCUCGCCAUCUUGUAGUAAAAGAACCCCCCAACACCGAUUUCAUUCCCGUUGUCUUGGUUUGUCCUGCCGCUGCUGCUACUAGUGGUAGUGAGAGUGGUAUCCAUAGAAUACCUUCCACUUUCCCAGUGUCUCCAAAGUGCCGGAAGCAUCCACCUGAGGGCCUUAGAUGGAUGUGCUUGUUGGAUCCUUACGUCAGCCCUGUGAAGUAGGGAUGUGCUUUGUCACCUCUUAUUUGUAGAUGAGGAAAUCCAGGCACAGAGAGGUUCAGGCAUUUGCCUGUGGUCACACAGCUACAGUGUGGGGCUCAGAGUCUGUCUGGCAUUCUAGCUCCAGAGUCCACCCUCUUUUAUUAUCAUUUUACAGAGGCAGAACCUGAGAUGAUUGAGGGCAGGGCUCGUGUGUGUUUUGGAGAGGAGGGUACAGCGCAGUGCUGAUGCCCAAGAGCUUGCCAGGGGUCUUUGACCAGAGGCCAGGGAUGCCUCGAGAGUGAGAUUGGGGCUGGGGAGCUGAGAGUCUGCAGGCAGCACUGGGGAAGCGGUCUGGGGGAUGGUAGAGAGGAUGUGUGAAGACCCCGAAACGACGGGAAAAAUGGAAGGGAUGGGAGAGGAGCAAAGACCGCCCAGAAAGGAAGUCUGCCCUGUGGGGUGGAGGGAUAGGGCAGGAGACGUGCAAGGCUGGAAGGUGGAGUGUGGCUCCGGCACUGGGACAUGUCCUCCAGCGCGCAGCUCCGGAGCCGGCGCCGGGUCCUGUUUGCUCAGCCCCAUCCUCUUCUCCGCAGGGUCUCCCGUCGCCCACCCCGCCCGAGAUGGAGGCAAACGCAGCAGGCAGUGCCGCUGGGGGUGGUGGGGGCAGCGGCAUAGGGGGCGAGGACGGGGUUCAUUUCCAGAGCUACCCCUUCGACUUUCUGGAGUUCCUCAACCACCAGCGCUUUGAGCCCAUGGAACUCUAUGGGGAGCACGCCAAGGCGGUGGCAGCGCUGCCCUGCGCCCCCGGGCCGCCGCCCCAGCCCCCGCCCCAGCCUCCUCCGCCCCAGUACGACUACCCGCCCCAGUCCACCUUCAAACCCAAGGCGGAGGCGCCGUCCUCGUCCUCGUCCUCAUCGUCCUCGUCGUCGUCCUCUUCAUCCUCUUCCUCCCAGGCCAAGAAGCCCGACCCGCCUCUGCCGCCCGCUUUCGGGCCCCCCCCGCCCCCCCUGUUUGAUGCUGCCUUCCCCGCCCCGCAGUGGGGCAUCGUCGACCUCUCUGGACACCAGCACCUUUUUGGGAACCUGAAACGUGGAGGGCCCGCAUCUGGGCCGGGGGUGACGCCGGGGCUGGCCUCUCCCACCGGGACCCCGGGGCCGCUUCCUGCCCCCUCCCAGACCCCGCCAGGACCUGCCGCGGGGGCAGCCUGCGACCCAAGCAAGGAUGACAAGGGCUACUUCCGCAGGCUGAAGUACCUGAUGGAGCGGCGCUUCCCCUGCGGCGUGUGCCAAAAGUCUUUCAAGCAGUCCUCGCACCUGGUGCAGCACAUGCUGGUGCACUCGGGGGAGAGGCCGUACGAGUGCGGCGUCUGCGGCCGCACCUACAACCACGUCUCCAGCCUCAUCCGCCACCGCCCCGCCUACCUGCUCAAGCACCAGGCGGCGCACGCGGGUGCGGGCGCAGCGGGGCCUCGGCCUGUGUACCCGUGCGACCUGUGCGGCAAGUCCUACUCUGCGCCCCAGAGCCUGCUCCGGCACAAGGCCGCGCACGCCCCGCCCGCCGCACCUGAUGCGCCCAAGGACGCGGCCUCGGUUCCGCAGCCCCCGCCCGCCUUCCCUGCGGGCCCCUACCUCCUGCCCCCCGACCCUCCGGCCACAGACAGCGAGAAGGCCGCGGCGGCUGCUGCGGCGGUGGUCUACGGCGCCGUGCCCGUCCCGCUGCUGGGGGCCCACCCGCUACUGCUCGGCGGGGCCGGGACCAGCGGGGCCGGGGGCUCCAGCGCCAGCGUCCCUGGAAAGACGUUCUGCUGCGGCAUCUGCGGACGGGGCUUCGGGCGACGCGAGACUCUGAAGCGCCAUGAGCGCAUCCACACGGGCGAGAAGCCCCACCAGUGUCCCGUGUGCGGGAAGCGCUUCCGCGAGUCCUUCCACCUGAGCAAGCACCACGUGGUGCACACCCGCGAGCGGCCCUACAAGUGCGAGCUCUGCGGCAAAGUCUUUGGCUACCCUCAGAGCCUCACCCGCCACCGCCAGGUGCACCGGCUCCAGCUGCCCUGUGCCCUGGCUGGGGCUGCUGGCCUCCCGGCCACCCAGGGCGCGCCAGGCGCCUGUGGGCCAGGCGCCUCGGCCACCUCUGCGGGGGCCGCCGAUGCACUGAGCUACGCUUGCUCGGACUGCGGCGAGCACUUCCCCGAUCUCUUCCACGUGAUGAGCCACAAGGAGGCUCACAUGGCAGAGAAGCCCUACGGUUGUGAUGCGUGCGGCAAGACCUUCGGCUUCAUCGAGAAUCUCAUGUGGCACAAGCUGGUCCACCAGGCGGCCCCUGAGCGCCUGCUCCCGCCCACACCCGGCGGCCCCCAGCCCCAGGAUGGCUCUGGCAGUGCCGACGCGGCCAGUGUGCUGGACAACGGGCUGGCGGGAGAGGUGGGGGCGGCCGUGGCAGCCCUGGCAGGGGUGUCCGGGGGUGACGACUCCAGCGGGACGGCGGUGGCUGGGGGCGGUGGGGGUGCCAGUUCAGGCCCUGAGCGCUUCAGCUGCGCCACCUGUGGCCAGAGCUUCAAGCAUUUCCUGGGCCUGGUGACUCACAAGUAUGUACACCUGGUGCGGCGGACCCUAGGCUGUGGCCUCUGUGGCCAGAGCUUCGCCGGCGCCUACGACCUGCUCCUGCACCGCCGCAGCCACCGGCAGAAACGGGGCUUCCGCUGCCCGGUGUGCGGCAAGCGCUUCUGGGAGGCAGCCCUGCUGAUGCGCCACCAGCGCUGCCACACGGAGCAGCGGCCCUACCGGUGCGGCGUGUGUGGCCGAGGCUUCCUGCGCUCCUGGUACCUGCGGCAGCAUCGCGUGGUGCACACGGGCGAGCGCGCCUUCAAGUGUGGCGUGUGCGCCAAGCGCUUCGCGCAGUCGUCCAGCCUGGCGGAGCACCGGCGGCUGCACGCUGUGGCCCGGCCCCAGCGCUGCGGCGCCUGCGGCAAGACCUUCCGCUACCGCUCCAACCUGCUGGAGCACCAGCGGCUGCACCUGGGGGAGCGCGCCUACCGCUGCGAGCACUGCGGGAAGGGCUUCUUCUACCUGAGCUCCGUGCUGCGCCACCAGCGCGCCCACGAGCCGCCGCGGCCCGAGCUCCGCUGCCCGGCCUGCCUCAAGGCCUUCAAGGACCCCGGCUACUUCCGUAAGCACCUGGCGGCCCACCAGGGCGGCCGGCCCUUCCGCUGUUCCUCCUGCGGCGAGGGCUUCGCCAACACCUAUGGCCUCAAGAAACACCGCCUGGCCCACAAAGCCGAGGGCCUCGGGGGUCCUGGGGCAGGGGCCGGCACCUUGGCGGGAAAGGAUGCCUGACCGGGAGGGGGUUCCCGUUCGUCACUCCAAUCAGAUGUUCUCUUGCACACUCACCCCUCCCCGGUUGCUGAUCAGACUCUUACCCCUCCUUGCUGUUGCCCCAGCCAUCCUUCGGGACUUCAGACAGACUAGCCUCCUUAAGGCCCAUGCCCUACAAACUCAAGACUGGAUCACUCCCAUCCCUGGACCUCUCUGGCCCUCCUCUCAUCCUGCCAGCCACUGAACUUGAUCCUCCGUCCAACCCCGUUUUGUAACCUUCAUCAGCGCCCCCCAUCCCACAGCAUUCUGUCCCCCAAUAAGCUUUGGUGGAGAAUGUGGGUCUGAACUGCUGCUCCCCAUUCCUUUGGGAUCUGGCUGGAAAGUGGAGUAUGAGUGGAUUUGGGAGGGCACAAGGGGACUUGGGUGCUCCUUUGGAUUGUGGGGGUGGGGGCGGGGUGGCAGACGCGGCUUGUACAGAGCGGAGAAUAAUAAAUCUUACCAACAGGG